UUCAUUAACAGCUGUGACUGCUGAGAUGUGUGGUAAAUCAGACCACAGUUAUUGUAGUUUAAUUACAGCAUGGUGCAUGAAAUCGUCAACACGUGAAUACAAAAACACUAGACACACUGGGCACGCUGAUCUAUUAAGAACAGAUUCUAAACAAACUGCUCCAUAGAUAGGACGAUUACAACAAGUCUGAACAAGAUGAGUGUCUGGAUUCUGUGGUUAUUUAUAGUAAUCACGCAACAAGCAACUGACGUCACCAAGACAUGCGACCUGUCACACAUAGCGGAUGUUCAGAGCUUUGACGUCAGACUUCCGGUUAUGACAGUUCCGUCAGAUACGACAACUUACGUCUGUCAGCAGUUCCAGGUUCCCGAUGACAACGUGUACCACGCCGUGGCCUUUGAACCCGUCAUCGACAACAGUGACGUCAUGCAUCACAUGCUGCUGUUUGGGUGCGAAAGCUACAUUGGUGAUAUGAGUCCGCACAGAUGUGGUGUCACAGAUCAGAGAUGCGCGUCCUGGCUCGCGCAGUGGACGCUGGGAUUGAAAGGCGACGUCUGCGCAUAUCGUCAAACAGGGAUCCGAUUCGGAAAAAACUCCUUCAGAUUCUUCGCACUGCAGAUUCAUUGGAAUAAUGCUAACCAUAUUCAAAACUCAACAGAUAGUUCCGGGAUGCGGAUUUUCUACACCAAGCGCUUGCGUCAGUUUGAUGCAGGCAACGUACAGAUAGGCCAGAAUGAUUUGGAAAUUCCUCCCGGAAGUGCGCACCACAGCGAAGUCGGCGGCUGUUCUGGCCGGUGCACGAAAAAACUACUGCCCCACCCGAUAUAUUUAACACGAACGUACAUACACAUGCAUUAUCUAGGUUCCAGCGGUAAACUAGAGCUGUAUCGACACGGGAGGCUUGUAAGUGACGUGGCCACAGACGCGCCGUAUGUAUACAGUCAGUCACCCAUACACAACCACCAACCACCUGUUCUAGUGCUGCCAGGCGAUGAGCUACGACUGACGUGUGUCUUUGACACUAAAACUGGCGACAAGUAUCGAACGAAACCAGUCUAUUUCGGCGAGGGUUCAAAUGCUGAAAUGUGCUACGCCUUCGUCACGUAUUACCCACGUGUUCAGUAUUUCGACCAAUGCAUACAGUUUGCAGAGUAUGACAUUUGUCAUUCGGGCGGUCGCUAUGGAAACUGCAGCUUCGGAGAAUUCAACUCUUUAGCUAGAAAAAGCUUCAUACCAAAUGUCACCAAGUUCUGUUCAACCAAGACGGAAAGAACGCAAACAACUUGUACUCCCGAAUGUGCGCAAGCAAUUAAAACCUUUAAAUCUCACGCGUGCAUGCAGGGUCGUCUGGGGACUUACGCUCAGAGAGUUGUGUUGUCCACAAUACAGAGGUGGCCGUCAGUGAAGAACGUCAUGUUCAGCAAUAACACCGACUGUUACAUGCGAUAAUAAAUAAGGUUUCCUAUA